AUGUCCAGUCGCGCUAAGCCUCCUCGAGUUCGCCGCGCGGCCGUCUUCUAUAUGAGGCUUCUAGACUCCAGCUCUUGUAGAUCAGGCCGCGCGAUGUCUAAACUAUUGAAAUCACCAACCAUCAAGAUGGGCCAGGCCAUUACAACAGUUCGCUCAUCCUUCAAAUUGGCUGACAAAAAGGCAAGGGAAAAGGUGGAGCAAGACCUCGACGUGCUCAUGCAGUUGUGCAAUUCGAGUCUGAACGAAUUUGAAGCAAAGCUCGAUGACAAGUUCCUGAAUCCGGAUACGACUCAAAAGACAGAUGUACCUGGCAUCCGAGCCCUUCGGAAGAGGAGAUACAACAACUUGAUAGUCAAGGAUGCGGGCAAGCCCAACAAAAGCAUCAGCGAUGCCAUCGAUGACUUCUUCAAAAUCGGGACUGGCGGAUCCAACACUGAAGACGCCGUCAUGGAGGGCUUCAAGAAGGUCGUCACCUCUGCUUUAGGGCCUUUUACGGAAAGGACCGAUGCCGGCCAACACAAAGAGGAGAAGUAUUUCAUUUACGUGAUGCACAACACCGUUGUACGCCUCGAUGUCAUGCUAUGGCGCUGGAACUUUGCUGGCAAGGGCUUCAGUGAUAAAUACGAAAGCGUCCUGGGCUAUCUCGUUUGCACAUCCGUAGUGGAUGCAUCCGCGCUGAAGACGAGUGAAUUUCUCAUUUUGAUCAGCGAAUAUGCCGGAUCGCAAGUGACCAAGAAGAAGAAGUCGUCAAGUAUACCCAGAAGAUGCAACAAAUCUAUGACGCUGCCCGUCGGACGAAACUUGACCAAGGUUCCAAGUCUUUCGUACGUGGUCUUCACCCAUGUCCAGGCCCUUGGCAGCCAGGAUACUCAGCAUAACGUCAGCACCAUGUCGGCCCGUCUAUAUGGUUCCAUAGAGACAAUUGAGUGA